AUGGAGAUAGAAAAUAUCAUACAACUUGCCAAAUCACUGGGAUUCACAAAGCAAGGAGAAAUGUUUAGUAUAAAAAAUUUAUUGAAGUUGGCUCAGUAUAUCAAUCAAAACAUUGAGGGAAGAAUCACAGAAAGCACAACUGAUGUUCGAGAAAAGAAAAAAUUGAUUUUGCAAGCUCUUUUUAACCACCAUCCCAUCCUUGUGCCUUAUGACAGAGAUUUCAACAACGAGCCAUGCAUGAAAAAUGGCGUGAAGGCUCAUUGGGCUCUAGACAUCAUACAUGGAGAAAAUAAAGAAUCAAAAGAGCUGUACAUAUUUGCUGUUCAAGGAAAAAGUUUGAAGCCGCACAUAUGGGAUCUUGAUCAAUUGCUAGAGAGCAACAAUCAGUUGAGAACUGUUGAUCCAGCGAUGUUAAGGUGUAAGGAUGAGUUCUGUCUCCCAAGUUACGGAUCGCUAAGUUCUUUGCAGGGUAAAAUAUUAAUCUUGAACAAUAAAUGA